GUACAUUUCGGCUCUGAGAGAGUACAGUCAACGAGAGAAAAGAAAGCAAAGCAAAAGCAGAAGGAAAAAAUGAAUGGAGUUUUGGAGCACAUUUCCUUGAUUUGCAAGCUCUCUCAGUACCACUCACUGAAGCCUGAACCAUGUGUUUUGCUUUGUGCUGUGGUUUGAUUCAUUUUGGUUCCUAGGAAUGGUAGAUUUGGGGUCUUCAAGCAACGCAUUUUUCGGAGAGUCAGAUUCAGGUUCUCGUGAUUACUGGUCCUGGCCCUCCUGCAAUGGGAAAAUCACCGGCAAAAUGGAUCAAAGCCGUACUGUUUGGGAAGAAGACUUCCAAAUCUAAUAUUUCAAAGGGAAGAGAGAAAAUUACCGGUGAGAAAGAGGUCUUAGUUCCUGCCAAGAUAUCGGAAGGAAAUGUGGCUUUGGAUCCUCCUGUGGCUUCACAUCCGACCCCUCAUACAAUUGGUAGAGAUGAAGGGAAGUUAGAAUCGGAGAACAAGGAAGCUGCAAAUACAUCACACUAUGAAGGGAAAAGUUUGCCAGGGAAUCAAGAGAACGAGGCACCGGGAUCCACACCCCAAGAUGCACCAUAUGAUCCCGAGAAAAUUAGGAAGGAGCAUGCUGCGACGAAGGCACAGGCUGCUUUUAGGGGUUAUUUGGCUCGCCGUGCGUUUCGGGCCCUCAAAGGCAUAAUAAGGUUGCAGGCACUUAUUCGUGGGCACUUGGUUAGGAGGCAAGCUGUUGCUUCUUUGUGCUGUAUGCUGGGAAUCAUAAAGUUUCAGGCACUUGUUCGUGGGAGAAGGGUCAGACAUUCUGAUCUUGGACUUGAAGUGCAUAAAAAAUGCAGUCCGGUGCCUCUGGAGAACAAGUCCGGGGUUCCUGUUGGAGUUUAUUUGUAUAUACAAAUUGCAAAGUUGUCCGCAAAUGCCUUUGUUCGUAAGCUCCUUGCGCCAUCACCAACUGUAAUGCCUCUGCGCCUUCGUUAUGAUUCUUGGGAACCAAAUUCAGUGUCAAACUGGUUGGAACUCUGGUCAUCAUCCUGCUUUUGGAGACCUAUUCCACAACCAAAGAAAAUGCCAGACUCAAAAUCUCAAAGAAAGCAGGUUAAUGGACAAACUGUAGAAGCUCAAAUAGGCAGGCCAAAACGUAGCACCUGGAGGCUCCCUGCUGCAAAUGUUGGUGGUGCCUCAGUGCCAGCAACCUUUGAACCUGAGAAACCCAAACGUAACCUGAAGAAAGUUUCAAACCAUUCUGUAGAUCAGGCACAGGAAAAUCCAAAACAUGAGCUUGAAAAGGUCAAACGUAAUUUGAGAAAGGUACAUAAUCCUGUAGUAGAGAACUCUGUCCAGCUAGAGGUCGAAACUGAGAAACCAAAGCAGAGUAUGGAAAAGGCAUUGACCAAUUCAAGUCCUGAUGUUUUAGAACGAGGAAUGAGUAGUUCUGGUGAGAAAAUGAAAAAAGAGGCAACCUUGACUACAUAUAAAUUGCCUGAUGUAGAAACACCUCCUGAACCAUUGGCAAUGAAAGAGGUGUCCGAUUUACCACAUGGUGAUCAAGCUACAGUGGAUUCAAAGCCUUUAACAGAGUGCAGUGGUAAAGAUAGAAAAAUUCCUGAUGACGAAGCAGCGGCAGAGUUAAAUGUUUUAAUAGAGAGUGGUGUUAAAGAUGAGAGCAUUUUCAUAACAAAUGGAGAGUUGAGCCAAAAGGAAGAUUCGAUAAGCAAUGAGAACCCGAAAUCCGGCCGGAAAGCUUCUAUUGCAGCAAAACAAGAACGCACAGAGAAUGCGUCACAGAGCAGUCCAACAUUGCCAAGCUAUAUGGCAGCAACUCAAUCUGCAAAGGCAAAGCUGAGAGUUCAGGGCUCCCCAAGGUUUGGACAAGAUGGGGUUGAGAAAAAUAACAACACACGACGACAUUCUCUGCCAUCUUCAACUAAUGGUAAAAUCAGUUCACAGUCACCAAGGACACAGAGACUGGUGCAAACUGGUGGCAAAGGGGGGAAUAAAAGUGAUAGAUCUCUCUUGUCUUCUAGAGAUGGGAAUGCGAAGGUAACCCAAGCAGAGUGGAAAAGGUAAUUUGCAAGCGAAAUGGGAUCUUCAGGAGUUUAACAUAAGGAUGCGAAAAUUGAUGUGGAGUUUUUGAUUGAUGUGUUUGUGUUGCAAGUGCUCUGAAACUGUAACUUGGACUGUAGUUGGAGGGAUGUGUUGGCCAAAGAGCCUUUACUGAUUUUUCCUGUAUUUGGGGUGGUUGUGAGUUUAUGUACAUCAUAGAGGUUUGAAAGUUUAUCAUGUCAUACUUAAAAAUCUGAACUGUGGUUGGUUUUGACAA